AUGGCCGAGAACUCAAGCCACCACAUCGUCGCAAUAGAAGCAAUCCACUGCCCAAUCCCAGACUUCACCCUACCCACCCCGCACAAAAAGUCCGUCCACAACUGGACAUACCCGCACGAACUCGAAUCCCGCGUCAAAGACGCAACAAUAAUAAUAACAACAACAACACGCCUGAACGCGGACAUCCUGCAUCCAUCCAAAACGCCGCUGUUACGACUAAUCGUGAUCCUAGCCUCGGGCACAGACUGCGUCGACCUAGCAGCCGCACGCGCGCGCGGAAUCCCCGUGUGCAAUUGUCCCAGCACGAAUAUCGACAGCGUUAGCGAGCAUGCUAUUGGUCUUUACUUUGCGCUGAGGAGAAAACUUGUUCAUUUGAGUGGUGUUGUGCGUGAUGUGCCGGUGUCUUCUGAGAUGAAGAUGGCGGAUGGGGGCGCGCCUUUACUGUGUUCUCAGGAGACGAUUGGCAUUGUGGGUUUUGGGGCAUUGGGGUCGAGGAUCAGUGCUCUUGCCCGUGGACUGGGAAUGGAUGUUCUUAUUGCUGAGAGGAGGGGUGUUACGCAAGCGCGGGGCGAUCGGGUCUUGUUUGAGGAUGCUUUGAAGAGAUCGACUGUUUUGGUGCUUUGUUUGCCGCGGACGCCGGAGACAGAAAAUAUGAUUUCGACGAAUGAGUUCCGGAUGAUGUCAAAGCAGGCUGUGCUGAUUAAUGUUGCGAGGGGUGGGAUUGUGGAUGAAAAGGCGUUGGUUGAGGCUUUGAGGGAGGGUGAGAUUUCGGGGGCCGGUUUGGAUGUUUUUGCUAAUGAGCCGAUUGGGAGGGGGGAUUCGCCGUUGCUGGAGAGUGAGGCUGAUGGGUUGAAUCUUGUGCUUAGUCCUCAUCUUGCUUGGUUUGCGGAGAGGACGUUGGAGAAUCUUCAGGCUGGGGUUAAGAAGACGGUUGAACAGUGGUGUGUUGGGAAUACGAUUAAUAGAGUUGCGUGA